CCGCAGGGCGGCUCGGCGGGCAAAGGCACGGCCCUGCGCAACAACUCGGACGCCGACGUGGUGCUCUUCCUCAGCCGCUUCUCCAGCUACGUGGAGCAGCGCCAGGAGCACCCCAGCAUCCUCAAAUUCAUCGAGAAGCGGCUCCACGAGUGCAGGCAGAGGCUGUCGUUCACCGUCAGCAUCAGCCCGCCCCGCUACAAGGGCCGCUCCCUCAGCCUCACGCUCUUCUCCAACACCGAGUCCAUUGAAGUCGACAUCCUGCCCACCUACGAUGCCCUGGGGCAGGUGACACAGGAUGGCCCGCCGGACCCACAGGUCUACGUCCAACUGCUGGACGCGUGCAGCAGCCCUGGGGAAUUCUCCACCUGCUUCACUGAGCUGCAGAAGAAGUUUGUGAGGCGCUGCCCCGCCAAGCUGAAGGACCUGGUGCGCCUGGUCAAGCACUGGUACAAGAAGAUGCUGAAGCCACAGUACCCCGGUGCAGACCUGCCCCCCAAAUACGCCCUGGAGCUGCUGACCAUCUAUGCCUGGGAGCAGGGCACAGGCAGCGAAGACGCCUUCAACAUGGCUGAGGGCUUCUGCACCGUGCUGAAGCUGCUCUGCCAGUACAAGGACAUCUGCGUCUACUGGGAGAAGUACUACUCGCUGCAGCACGGGCAGAUUGGCACCCGCCUGAAGCAGCUGCUGCAGAUGCCCCGCCCCGUCAUCCUGGAUCCCGCCGAUCCCACCGGCAUCCUGGGCCAGGGCAAGCAAUGGGACCUGGUGGCCAAGGAAGCUGCCUGGAGUUGCUCUUCCCUGCCCAGCCUCAUCAACACCCGCCCCUGGAACGUGCAGCCGGCCAAGCCCGUGACGUUGGAGGUGAAGGAGCUGCAGGGCGCCAGGCUGCACAUCACCGUCAGCCCCAGCACCACCAUCUGGCAGCUGAAGGAAGAGAUCGAGCGGAAAUGGGGCAUCUCCCGCUACCAGCAGCGCCUGUCCCAGCAGCCGGCCGGGGCCUCCCUGAUCCUGCAGGACAACAACAGCCUGGCCUCCUACGGCAUCUACUACGACACCACGCUGCUGCUGCUGCACACCCAGCCCCAGCAGAUGGAGAUCUUUGUGAAGGACAUCAAGAACCAGACGAUGACGUACACUGUGAAGCCCACUGACACCGUCUUGCAUCUGAAGACGGAGAUCAACACCCGCCAGGGUAUCCCUGUGAAGCAGCAGCGCCUGACCUACGACUCCAGGAACCUGGAGGACCACCAUAGGCUGGAGCACUACAACGUCCAGCCCAAGAGCACCAUCUUCCUGCUUCUGCAGCUGCGGGGGGGAGUGGGGCCCCAACACACCGGCUGCCAGCCCUCCUGAGCACCCCCAGGCACCAGCCCGCUUUGCUGUAUCCUCCCCCCCCCCCCAUCCCAUCCCAUCUUAUUUCUCC